AUGCCGUACAUCAAAACGUACGGCUCGCCCGCAAACUGUGACGCGUCGGCGAUGCCGCCGGAGAUCGUGGAGGUCACCUCACCGCCUAGAGAUACGGCGCCAGCUAACUCGCAGACGGAGGCAAGAACAAUAAUCUGCUUCAGCGUCAACACGCGGGAGCCGUACGUCGUGCCAAAGGCAUUGGCAAGGUCGUUCAUUCCCACACCGCAUCCGGUGAGGAAGGCGACGAUGCCGCCAACGAUGGCGAUCCACAGGUAUUGGUUGGUCAUCAGCAGGCGUUCUCCAAAUUCCGCUUGCUUGCCGGAAGUGGCGUUCGCAGAGGUUGUGGUACUUGGGAAAAGAAACCUGGCACGGUGCGUGGAAAAGAGGAAACACAGAGAGAAAAACAAAAGAAAAAAAAACAUCCAGUGGCAGGCAGCCGGAGUCAGCAAACGUCUCGGCCCUCAUACCGUCGCUUUCCAGGCCAUUCGAGAGUUGUACGUUAACAGAGAGUCAAGGAGCAAGAGGGCGAGCAAGAGCGAGAUCCCCGUAAGGACAUUAUUUGCUGAAAGUAAUGUGUCGCCGAUUGCGGCUCUUUCACUGGACGCAGCCGCACAGCUGGAGUUCAGCUUGUUUGCGGUGCCACACUUUCUGGGCACGGCUGCAAACUGUGUGAGCCCCCGGCAAGCUUCUCACGGGUCCCUCACCCUCUGA